AUGAGGUACUUCCGCUGUAUCUAUCUAAUUCCUACCGUCGUUCACCUGGCGGGCGUCUUUGCAAGCCUCCCCGGUAGGUCCAACGAGAUUGAAUUAAGGAGAGCCAAAGGCCAUGCUCUUUCUCGUGGACGCGCUUCUUCUGAGGCCAGAAACUUCAAUCACAAUGGCUUUAGAAAUGAAGGGGGGUCUGUGUCCACAGAUGUGAAAGGACAAAGUAAUGUUCAUGGUUCAUAUCGAAUCGACACCAUCGUCAACGCUAUAAACUCGGCCGACGAGCAAGUCCAUACCGUGAAUCUUGCCAUACGGAGCAUAAAAGCCGGCGGUACCAUCGAAAACCUCGACUCGACAUUACAAUCGUUAACAUCUACUAUCAAGACGACUUCUGAUGCUAUUUCCGGAGCCGAAUCAUUCCAGUCUGGAGACAUUCAGACUCUGAAAUCGGCCAUCCAACCCUUUCAGAAGUCCAUCGGUACACUUGUCACCCAACUGGUGGCAAGGAAAGAUACGAUAGCGAGGCUAUGUGGGUGUCGCGCCGUGCAGGGUGCUAUGAACCAAAUACGGAGCUCGACUCGAGUCAUGUUUGAUGGUAUCAAGAAUCGCAUGGGUCAAGGCAAUUCUGGCCAUGGCAUCCAUGGAAGACGUGGCUUCAGCGACUUGCAUUCCUUGGAUUCAGGAAUAGCUAGUUUCCUGAAUCAUGGAUCUAAUGCUUUUAGCUACGGCAAUUGUAUUGAUUAUGGAGACAUCUCAUCUGCAGUAAAUACAUGGGCAUACCCGACGGAGACAGCAGCAUAUACCGGAUACACCUCCGUUGUGUUGGCAACACCUACAAUUGCUGCUCCACCUGAAACCGUAAGCGGCGUGCCAGGAGCAACGUCUGCCCCUGCAACUGAAGGUGAAGGGGGAGACGGCGAAGGCGAGGAAGCUGAGAACACUUUCGGCACGGAGACGGAGACGGAGACUGAGAGUAGCCCCGUUUCGACUUUCACAUCUACUUUCACGGACACCUCGACAGGCAUCUCGUUGACGAGCACUGCCUCAACAAGCACUGAAUCGACAAGUACUGAAUCGACAAGUACUGAAUUGACAAGCACUGAAUUGACAAGCACCGCAUCUGACGGUGAAGCGGCUGCGGACGCUGUAUCAAGUUCCUCAGCCUCCGCUACUCCUGUUACUUCAACUUUUACUGUUACUAUAACAACCACAUUCGUACCUGGGACCUUGACCACGGAUACCAGUAGGAGUACUGUUACCCGUACCAUUACUCGUACUAGGACUACUACGUCAACGUCUACUUCUACUUCCACCUCUACAUCUACGCGUACUUCUACAUUGACGUCGACAUCAACAAGCACGAGUAAGAGCCGUUCGGUCGUCACUGAUACGACGACUUUUACAACUACAGGGACCUUGACGGAGACGAUUACACGUACUCGUACUAGUACGAAAACACCAUCUACGUCCAGUUCAUCUACAUCUACAUCAUCCACCACAUCCACCACAUCCAGUCCAUCAUCUUCCACUACUUCUUCAACUACACCUACUACAUCAUCUACGCAAUCCAGUACCCUGGUAGAAACCACAAGAACACAGACUCGUACAUCGACUUACACGAGCUCGGGAAGCACGUUCACGUCUACAUUCACAACUACUAGAACUACAACCUCGAAGACAACAGAUACGGAUACUUCGACGUCAACUGAGACUAGUACAUACACAAGUCCGGCCACAACGAUCACGUCUACUUUCACUAAAACUCUAGGCGGUUCGGCGACAGGAUCUGCCACGAGCACAGUAACGUCUACUAAGACGAGUACGUAUACGAGUGUAGCUAGCACAUUGACGUCAACUUUUACGACUGCGAAGACAAGUACCUUGAAGGAUACGUCAACAAAGACUUAUACAUCUACCUCCACGAAGACGUAUACCAGCUCAGGUAGCACAUUUACGUCGACCCUUACGAGAACAUCCACAAGUACUUUGAAGAGUACAUCAACGGAAACGCUCAAAACAACUCGCACUAGUACAUAUACGAGCGUUGGAAGCACGCUCACUUCCACUUUCACCAAAACAUCGACUGAUACUACGACUGAGUCAGACAGUCGCUUUACCUCAACCGUGACAAGUACAUACACCAGUGCGGGCAGUACACUCACGUCAACUUUUACAACUACGGCAACGAGCACCUCGACAGCGUCUGCGACGAAGACAUAUACGUCAACUGUUACGAAAACGAUUACUAGCCCAGGAUCUACAGCAACAUCCACCUUCACAUCUACGGACACAACUACGCUGACGCCAACGAAGACAACACUUACAAGCACAACCACCUUCACGUCCACCAUCACAGCGACGCGAACGAGUACCUUGUCUGGAUCAAGGUCGAAGACCACACUCACAACAACCUUAACAAGCAAAUUAACGUCUACCCUCACCGACACAGUCAAAAGCACCCUAACCAAAACGCGCACCACGACGAGUACCUCGACGGGCGGGUCCACCGUCACGAUAACGCGGACUCGAACCAGCACCAGCACCAACACCGACACAAACACAAGCACGCUCACGCUCACCAGCACGCGCACCAGGACAAGCACGAAGACGCUCUCCAACACAAGCCCUAGCACUUCUUCCCCUACGGUAGCGACGACGACGGUCGUCAGGGGCGCGUCCACGUACACGACGGUCAUAACGCGGACGCAGACCACGACGUUCACGUCCACGGGCACGAUAUCCGCUGCGGCGGCGGCGGACGCGACGGCGACGGACGCGAGCGCGAGCGCGCUGGACGCCUCGGAUACAUCAGAUACGGAUACAGAUUCGUCGAACGGCGGCGCGACGACGAUCACGGUCACGCAGUCGGGUGGUUCGGUCACCGUGCUUACCAUCGCUUCGAGCGCGGACCCGGGGACGGGGUCGAGCGGGCGGGUUGUGACGGUCACGCGGACCGCUGAUUCGAGUAGUGGCGAUACCGCUGCGACGGGGGCCGCUUCUACGGUUACUGUUACUAAGGAUGCUAGUUCUACGACUACGAGCGCGCGUACGAGCACGACAAGCACGCGUUCUGGUUCAUCUGGCGGCGGCGCACAUAGAUCCGGCGUGCUGCUUCUGGGCGGGACCUUAGUCGGUAUCGUUGGUCUAUUGUCGUAA